GCACGGCCUCCGCGCGCGAGCAUGCGCCUUAGGCCGCCCCCGCCGGGCCGCGCUCGGCGCUAGGGGAGGGUCACCCGAGGCGGGCGUGCGCUGCGCAGGCGUCUGCGCCCCGUGGGGAGGAGGGCGAAGACUCCAUCCGCCAUGUUGGAUGCCGCAGAUUCGCCAUAACUUCGCCGGCUCUUUUCUUAAAAAAAUAAAAAUAAAAACCGAAGCAUCAGCGGGACGCCCUGCCUUCUCGGUCGGCAAGGGAGGGGGCCCGGAAGAGCCCGAGGCUUUUUUUUCCUCCGCGGUGGGGGCGUUGCCAUGGAGACGCGGGCGGCAGAAAACACGCCCAUCUUCAUGUGUAAAUGUUGUAACCUUUUCUCACCAAACCAGUCGGAACUCCUCUCCCACGUUUCUGAGAAGCACAUGGAAGAAGGGGUUAACGUUGAUGAGAUCAUUAUUCCCCUUAGGCCUCUGAGCACUCCUGAGCCCCCCAACCCAAGCAAAACCGGAGAUGAGUUUUUGGUCAUGAAGAGGAAGAGAGGCAGGCCUAAGGGGUCCACGAAGAAGCCCAGUGCUGAAGAGGAGCUGGCGGAAAACAUCGUGAGUCCAACUGAGGACAGUCCUCCGGCUGCAGAGGAAGGGAGCAGCCUGGCUCCAAGCAGCUUGGAGUGUAGCAAGUGCUGUCGGAAGUUUUCUAACACGCGCCAGCUACGGAAGCACAUCUGCAUCAUCGUGCUGAAUUUGGGUGAGGAGGAAGGAGAAGCAGGUAAUGAGUCUGACCUUGAACUAGAAAAGAAGUAUAAGGAAGAUGAUCGAGAAAAGGCCCCGAAAAGACCAAGGACGCAGAAAACAGAGAAAGUCCAGAAGAUCUCCUCAGGAAAGGAGGCUGGGCAGCUGUCUGGGGUGAAGAAACCCAUCAUAAGUGUGGUUUUAACUGCACACGAAGCUAUUCCAGGUGCUACCAAGAUUGUUCCAGUGGAGGCUGGGCCCCCCGAAACAGGAGCUACGAAUCCUGAGACCACUGCUGCAGAUCUGGUGCCUCGGAGGGGGUACCAGGAGUAUGCCAUUCAGCAGACACCGUACGAGCAGCCGAUGAAGUCGAGCAGGCUAGGUCCCACUCAGCUCAAAAUCUUCACUUGUGAAUACUGCAACAAGGUCUUCAAGUUCAAGCACUCCCUGCAGGCCCACCUGAGGAUCCACACCAACGAGAAGCCAUACAAGUGCCCCCAGUGCAGCUACGCCAGCGCCAUCAAGGCCAACCUCAACGUGCACCUGCGCAAGCACACUGGCGAGAAGUUCGCCUGUGACUACUGCUCAUUCACCUGCCUGAGCAAGGGCCACCUAAAGGUGCAUAUCGAACGGGUGCACAAGAAGAUCAAGCAGCACUGCCGCUUCUGCAAGAAGAAGUACUCUGAUGUCAAGAACCUCAUCAAGCACAUCCGAGACGCGCACGACCCACAGGACAAGAAGGUCAAGGAGGCCUUGGAUGAGCUCUGCCUGAUGACCAGGGAGGGCAAGCGGCAGCUGCUCUAUGACUGCCACAUCUGUGAGCGCAAGUUUAAGAACGAGCUGGACCGAGACCGCCACAUGCUGGUCCACGGUGACAAGUGGCCCUUUGCCUGUGAGCUCUGCGGCCAUGGGGCCACCAAGUACCAGGCGUUGGAGCUGCAUGUCAGGAAGCACCCCUUUGUGUAUGUCUGUGCGGUGUGCCUCAAGAAGUUUGUCAGCUCCAUCAGGCUGCGCUCCCACAUCAAAGAAGCACACGGGGCUGCCCAAGAGACCUUGGUCUUCACCAGCUCCAUCAACCAGAGCUUCUGCCUCCUGGAGCCUGGUGGGGACAUCCAGCAGGAAGCCUUGGGGGACCAGCUGCAGCAGGCGGAAGAGGAGUUUGCAUUGCAGAGGGUGAAUGCACUCAAAGAGGAGUCCCCACCUGGGGACGCUCAGUCCGAGGAGGGACAGAAGGAGCUGGAGGCCCCUGUGGAAAUGCCCGCCCUGGCUGUGCACCUGGCUUCCCCUGAGGCCAAAAGUACAGCCCUGCCACCUUGUGAGCUGGAAACCACCGUGGUCUCUUCGGACCUGUCUUCUCAUGCAGUGGUUUCAGAUGAUUUUUUGUUGAAAAAUGAUAGCUCUUCUGCUGAGGGUGACACUGCUCCUGAGAAGCCCUUGGACACCCAGCACGGAGGCUCGGAUCAGACUCAGGGUGAAGUAAUCACGCUACUACUCUCCAAGGACCAAAGUGCCGGGCCAAACCAGGAGACCCAGAGUGCUAAGAGCCCCCCAGGGGAAGGGCAGGGAAUGGCUGCCCUUCCAGACAGUGACCCUGAUCCCAGCAGGUGUCUCAGGUCAAACCCAGUAGAAGCCUCAGACCUCCUUCCUCUAGUAGCUGGUGGUGGGGACAGUGUCACACACCAGCCUGACUCUUGCAAAGCUGCCCCUGAGCACCGGUCUGGCAUGACUGCAUUCAUGAAGGUCCUGGACAGUUUACAGAAGAAGCAGAUGAACACCGGCUUGUGUGAGAGGAUCCGGAAGGUUUAUGGAGACCUGGAGUGUGAAUAUUGUGGCAAACUUUUUUGGUACCAAGUGCAUUUUGAUAUGCAUGUCCGCACUCAUACCCGGGAACAUCUGUAUUAUUGCUCCCAGUGUCAUUAUUCUUCCAUCACCAAAAACUGCCUUAAACGUCACGUAAUUCAGAAACACAGUAACAUCUUGCUGAAGUGUCCCACUGACGGCUGUGACUACUCGACUCCAGAUAAAUAUAAGCUACAGGCACAUCUUAAAGUUCAUACAGCGCUGGACAAAAGGAGUUAUUCUUGUCCUGUGUGUGAAAAGUCUUUUUCAGAAGAUCGAUUGAUAAAGUCACAUAUCAAGACCAACCAUCCUGAGGUCUCCAUGAGCACCAUUUCUGAGGUUCUGGGGAGGAGGGUUCAGCUGAAAGGGCUAAUUGGAAAGAGAGCCAUGAAGUGCCCAUAUUGUGAUUUCUAUUUCAUGAAGAAUGGCUCAGAUCUCCAGCGUCAUAUUUGGGCUCAUGAAGGUGUGAAACCCUUCAAAUGUUCUUUGUGUGAGUAUGCCACUCGUAGCAAGAGUAACCUCAAGGCUCACAUGAAUCGUCACAGCACCGAGAAAACCCACCUAUGUGACAUGUGUGGCAAGAAAUUCAAAUCAAAAGGGACAUUGAAAAGUCACAAGCUCCUUCACACUGCUGACGGGAAGCAGUUUAAGUGCACGGUGUGUGACUACACAGCAGCCCAGAAGCCACAGCUGCUGCGGCACAUGGAGCAGCACGUCUCCUUCAAGCCUUUCCGCUGUGCCCACUGCCCUUACUCCUGCAACAUAUCUGGCUCUCUGAAGCGGCACUACAACAGGAAGCACCCAGACGAGGAGUACGCCAACGCCGGCACCGGGGAGCUCGCGGCAGAAGUGCUCAUUCAGCAAGGUGGCUUGAAGUGCCCUGUUUGCAGCUUUGUGUAUGGCACCAAAUGGGAGUUCAAUAGGCACUUGAAGAACAAACAUGGCUUGAAGGUGGUGGAAAUUGAUGGAGACCCCAAGUGGGAGACAGCAACAGAAGCUUCUGAGGAGUCCUCCACCCAGUAUCUCCACAUCACAGGGGCUGAAGAAGAUGUUCAGGGGACGCAGGCGGCGGUGGCCGCGCUCCAGGACCUGAGAUACACCUCCGAAAGUGGUGACCGAUUCGACCCCACAGCUGUCAACAUCCUGCAGCAGAUCAUCGAGCUGGGCACCGAGACCCAUGACGCCACUGCCCUUGCCUCAGUGGUUGCCAUGGCACCAGGGACGGUGACUCUGGUCAAGCAGGUCACUGACGAGGAGCCCAGCUCCAACCACACAGUCAUGAUCCAGGAGACCCUCCAGCAAGCCUCCGUGGAGCUGGCCGAGCAGCACCACCUGGUGGUGUCCUCCGAUGACGUGGAGGGCAUCGAGACGGUGACCGUCUACACGCAAGGCGGGGAGGCCUCCGAGUUCAUCGUCUACGUGCAGGAGGCCAUGCAGCCCAUGGAGGGCCAGGCUGUGGAGCAGCCGGCCCCAGAGCUCUAGGGGACACGCAGCAACGGACGGCCACCAUGCAGGGCUGCUGGGCUCUGCAGGCACCCAGGGCAGGGGGCUGCCCAGCCCACCUGGCCCAUGGAAUGGCGCUCUCCUCUCCCUCCUUGCCUGGCAGCCCAAUGGGACGUUCCUCGUCCUACUUUAGGGGGCAAGGCAGUGGCAUCACCAGCAACACCCCUGUCCCCAGUACAGGCACACACCCCGAUCUGUGCCAUCUGCUUUUGUAAAGACUUCUGCACCAGCUCCCCGCACACACCCUAUACUGCGCCCCGAGACUCCCUGUUCCCAGAGCCUCCUCUCUGAGUUACCCAGCCCCUGGAUACCCACCUACCUAGGUGCUGAAUCUCCACCUGGGACCGCUAUGCGGUCUGGUGAGAGGAGACAGCCAUCACUUAGAAAGUGACCUUACUGUUUUGAAUCACUGCCGGGGGUGUGUGUGGAGGGGGUUGUCCUGGCUUUAUCUACAAAGCACCUGGGAUCAAGGGAGGUUAAUGUGACUCGCCCCCAUCACAGGGUCUCAUCUUGCCAUCAUGGAAUUUUUUGCCCUUAGAAAGAAUGCACUUUUCACUCUUCACCUCCCGUUCUAAGGGGUUGAGUGGAUGGAAUAAAAGCAUUUCCUGCCUGAGCACUUCGGCUCCUCUGUCAGGUGGAUGGCUGACAUUUCCCCUUCCCAAGUGCAAAUCGUGGACUGGGGCCCCACCCAGAACCACCCCAUCCAGACUCAGGCCCUUAAAACUCAGACCAGGGUGCUCUUUCCCCACUAAAGUGUUUGGGUUUGCUUUGGAAGCUUCGAGGUUAAUGAUCUUACCUUCUGUUUCCUGGCACCCAGCAUUUGAUUUGCUGCCAUCCGAGAAGUGGCAGUGCCCUCUUCUCCACUUUGUGUUUGGGAGGAGCAGUGACCUGGCAGUCAGAAGAAGCCUUCACAACAUGGUACUGUUGGGCUAGGAUUUCUGGUCUGGGUGCUCACCAUAAAUUCCGUGCAGUUUAAACCCUUGCUGUGCACACAGUGUUGUGGGGCAUCAAGUUGAGCCCUGCUAUGCUCUGCCCAGCCCUAGGGUCUCUUACCCGCCACUGGAGGGGUAAGAUUUGUUUCCUUGGAGAACCCAUCUGUCAGUGAGGUCUUGCACAUGUGGAUAAGCAGGUUGAGUGGUGGCCGCUCUGUUGGAGAGGGCAGAGGCUGUCACCAGUCCUCUCACCUCACCCCAACAGGGCCUGAGGACACCUCUUGGGAGAGGCUUAAAAGCUGUUGCUCUGGUACAAGUGGGAAAGUGACUUCUUGCCCUAGGAAAGGAAGGGAGGACCCUUCCUGCCUGGGACGAAUUAGGGAGAGCCUCACAGUGCAGAGGGGGCCUAUGAUCAGGGCCUUGGAAACUAGAUGAACUUGGCACUUGCAGGGAUUGGCGGGGGUGGCAAGGAUGGCCGUGAGCCGUGAACAUCUUCAUCUGGCUGGGGGGAGCUCUACAGGGAAGGACAAAAAGACCUGCCAGAAGCCAGAGCCUAGAAGAGCAGGUGUGUGAGACAGUGGGUGUUGAUGUAUGAAUCAUGGGGAGGCAGUGGGGUCUGAGAGACCUGGGGUGAGGAGGUCAGGGCAGUUCUGCCCUGCACAUCCCGCCCACCUGCUUGUGCAGAUGCUGUGCAUUUUAUUCCCCCCACUCCACAACUGGAAAGGUGGAAGCAGGAAGCUGAGGAAUUGGUGUUCCCGGCUGACCCUGCCCUGUGGGUAUUUGGAAGGUCAGGGCAGCGGGCUCGUCUCCGCUGCUCUUUCCUGGGGUGCUGGAGCUGAACUCAGGGAAAGUAUCUCUAAGCCACACUUGCAGCCCUUCCCCAGAGUCUCCCUCAUUGGCUGCUGUUGAUGGACACUUUUGGACCCAACUUGUAUUUUGUGUCAGGCAAGGUGGAAGUUUGUGCUGAAAGGCUGAAUGGACUCUACCUGUCUGUUUUAUAAUGUGUGUUAAGUACCUACUGUGUGCCAGAUACCAUGGUAGGCUCUUUAAUGAGCUUCACCAUGUUCAAUCUUCCCAUCCACCCGUGUCCUUCAUAAGAUCGAACCGCGGGCACUUGUAUAGACCUUACCCAAUGCCAAGAUAUAGAUGUUCUCAUUGUCACAGCAACCCAGUGAGUUAGGUGCUAUCAUUAGAAUUCUAUUGAUGGGGGAUGUCAGCACAGAGAGAUUAAGUAACUUGCUGAAGCUCGCAAAGGAGUUGCAGAACCAGGAAUUGAACCCAAGCAAGAUCUGUACUCAUAACCAGUGUGCCUUCUGCCAACUCUUCUUUCCCUAUUACAGCGGAGAAAAUGGUGGCUUUGUAAGUACCCUGCCUUGGGGGACACUUGAGGCUGGAAAGGUAUACAUCUGGGACUUGAAUGCAGGUAUGAGGUUCCUGCUCCUCUGGGUGCUUUUUGUACCCCCUGUGCCAUGCUGCCUCCUUGUCUGUCAGCCCUGACUUCAAGAAGGCGGAGCAGGCACAGUGAUAGGGGUCACUCCAGGGAGCUGAAGCCCAGGGACCACAUUGCUGAGAGACAAGACAACUGUGAGCAGAAGCCAGCACAAGCACAGGAGACCCAGGGCUGGGCCAGGGUCAGAGACAGUUGGGGCAGGAGAACGAGGGUCAGCCAGAGUGCCUACAAUGCCUGGAGCUGGGGAGGAAGCAUAGGGGAGCAUGCAGCCGGCCUGGCCCUGGAAGGCCCCUGGCCCCUCCCACAGGUGCCUCUUCAGCUUAUCUGGCAGCAGCCCUGACACCCACCUUGCAUCUGGGUGGGCUUUGCCUCUGUCAUGGGGACUGGCCUCCCAGGUGCUCAUCUGCUAGCAAAGGGCAAAUAGCUUCACUUUGAAUUAGGAGAUGAAGCCCAGGCAAGACAGACUUGGCCUGACUCCACUGCCAGCAGGUGUGUCACUUUUGGGGUGAACUAGGUCACCUCCCCCCAUUAGUACAGUGGGAAUGGUAAAAUAAUAAUUGCCACAAGGCACAUGCAGCUUCCUGUGCAUCAGGGGCUCUGCGAGGAGCUUUCUAUUGAUUCUGCGUUGGGUCUUCAGGACAGCACCGGGAGGUGUGGGUGUUCUCACCGAGUGCAUAGGUGAAGAAGGUUGUCACAUAACCCCAGAGUGAGGGAGGAUCCCCAGGACAUGUUUGUGACGUGCUUAGCAGUGUCUGGGGUGGAGAGGCAACUCUGGCUUCUGGUGAUGGCAUUUAAACUGUUGGACGUGACCUUCCAACUUGGCCUUGCAAGAGCAAGUCUGAGCUGUGGUAGUUGCUCUGAGUGUUGCAUUUUUAAGGAGACAGUGACUCAUUUUCUAACCUGUAUCUACAGGGCUAAUUUAGCAAAUUAAGUUUUUUUGUAAUAAGUACUUAAAAUUCAUUAGCUGUUGUCACUGAUAAUUUUUUCCUUAUUCUUCAGUUGUCUUUCAAGGCUGGAGAAAAAAGACUACUUAGUUCCAAAUCCAUCUCCCCACUCCACUCCCUUUUAAAAUUUCAAAAUGAACUGUCCAUCCUGCCCUUGGAUGAAGUCCAGGUUUACAUCCAUCUCCCCCCAGUGGCAGUAGUUUCAAGUUGUAGCGGGAAGUCUUUGGGACGCAAUUAAAUAGGCUAAUACUUUGCUGGAGGGGAAAAGAAUGUGUGCCAAGAGGGAGACUUAAUUUACCAUGCAUCACAAAAUUUUCUAAGUAAAUUAUUUUCAAGUCAACUCAGCCCCUCUCUUAGCCAUGACGGGGACACAUUCGAGUUCGAUUUAAAAAAUUCUAAUCUAUCACUGUCACUAUUCCUGCCGCAAUUUAAGGCUUCGGUGGUUUGCGGUAGAUAACAGUUGUUACACUUCCUGCAGGCUAAGAAGGCAGUGGUGGUUUGUGUAUUAACCAUCACAAGGCAGACAAAAGGGGAGAGAAAGGGCCAUGUAGACAGAAGAAGGCUGUGUCGAGCCAGAGGCCCUUCGGGGACCAGACUGGGACGAGGGGCACCGGCACUGUCCCCACUCUCGCUCCUUCUAUUUAGCACCUCUUCCCCGAGCAUCCAGAACUGGACCUUGGAUUGGUAGAGAGAUGUCCCAGCCAGCAGCCCUGCCUUCAGGGGUCUUGUGAUGAGCCAGGAGAAAUUGAUACGGGGACCAGUAGUGACAGAACUGCCGUAAUCAAUACUCAGGUCACACGCAGGCUACUGAGGUAUUGAGAGGGCAGUUUGCUUGGAAGGAGGGUGCUUGGCUGGCUUCUGUCCCUUGCAGGCCGCAGCGUGUUGACAGUAACAAUUGGUGGAGUCUACCCAGCGCAAGGGCCCUCUAGAAACCCGUCAGCGGGUGGUCUAAACAAGUGUGGGUGUGUUACCAGCUAAUGGACCUUUGCUGUGUCUGAGGUCAGAAUCCAGGUUGGAGCUGUGGGUUCACCCUGACGGGCUGGAAAGAUCAGAUGUUCUCUCUGCGCCUCAGACUUUUCAUCUCUAAAAUGGAGUUCGGCUUCCUCGUUGAAUUGCUGGGGGUCGUAGGUAAGAUGAUGCAUGUCCGUCUCCUGUCAGGGCACAAGCAGCCAGCCAGGGUUGAUUAUUAUGAUCCGUACGAUCACUGUCAGCGUUUUUAUUCUGUAAUAACCAUGUUGGAUGCACAAAUAGCAGAAUAGCUGGAGGUUGGUUACCAUCCCAGGAGCCCCAGAGGCUGGGAGAGCCUAGAAGGGACUCCCCAGUGUGCAGUGACCAGGAAUGAUGGGGAACGUGUGACAUGAAUGCAGAGUGGAGACAACAAUGCAAGGCCAGGACGCCAGGGCCAGAGGGACUUGAGGGCAACAGGGUGGAUUAGGCAUUGCAGGUGGAGCCAGGAGCCGUGGGUCCUUUCCCCAACUCUGCUGUGGACUCCGAGUGGUGUUGGAGGUCUCUUGUAUUUCCUGGGCCUCAGUUUCCCUGGCAUACAGUGGGCGGGGGAGAGUUGGGGUUGUGGGGUCUCUGAGGUCCCACUUAGGUCUCAUGCAUUCAGUGUUGGCAUUACCACUGGACAGUACCUGGGGAAGGAGGGCAUCAGCUGGGUGUGGAGGAGCCCGGCUGGGGUGGUCGGUGUAGGGUGAGGCUCUGUUGCACAACUCACCGGUUCUGCGAUCUCAGACAAUUUCUUUAGCCUUGUUGAGCUUCAAUAAGCUCAUUCAUGAAUGGAGAUGUUCUUAUCAGUCUGUAGGGUUGAUGCAAUAUUCUACACCUUGUCAUUUAGGAUACGUGGCACACAGUUAUACUCAGUAUUUAAUGUCUAUUACUACCUUGUUUGCUGUAAGACAGUAUUUUGGUUCUUCUAGCCCUUGGAGGAUUUUUGAUGGUGUCAUGGGCUUCUGCAGCCCCACAGGGGUUGGCAAACAUCUUUUGUAAAGAGUCAGAUAUUUUAUGUUUUGGUGGCUGUGUGGUCUUUACCACAACUAUUCAGCUCUGGCAUUGUAACAUGAAAGCAGCCAGAGAUUAUGUGUAAAUGAAUAAGUGUGUUUGUGUUUCAAUAAAACUUUAUUUACAAAAAUAGGUGGUGGGCCAGAUUUGGCCCACAGACCACAGUUUACUUGACCCACUGUCCUAAAUGCUUGGGUCUACAGGGCCAGAGUCAUAGAAACUGUAAACGUAUUUAUGUUUUAUUUUAUUUCCAGCAACCAAGCACUUUUACGCUGAUAGGUGAAUGUAAUUUUCACAAAUAGCAUGCCACUUUAAAGAGGAAUAAUCUGGGGUCACUGAUUGAAUAUUAUAUCCCUUUCUGCUAUGAUGGAACGGGCAUAGAAAGAGAUAGAAUUGGCCACCAUCUGAUUCUGUCCCAAUUCCUUGUGUGACCCUGAGGGCACCCCUCUUCUCUCUGGGCCUCAGAUUCCUGCUGUGGAAAGGGACUUAGGGGUGUGGAGUCAUCUGCUAGCUCCUUUCUGUUCUGAUAUUCUAGACGAGUCUCAGGGAAACAACUACCAUCGGAUCAGCUUUAGUGGCUUCUAAUUCUUUUAAAGCUGCUCUGAGGAAAUGAGACAUCAUUAUAAGGGGGAAGAUCCUUUAAUUAAAUUGCUGGGAAAUUAGAAGGAUUGAGUGAUUGAAACAGAGGGUGAGGCCGGGCCGAGCCACUCUCUGUGGAUUAAUUAAGACACUGCUCUGAUCCCUGCCCUCCGCAACUGCGGAUGCCAGGGUCUGACCCUCAGGAACAUCAGCAAACCCUGCCGUGGGGGCAGGAGAUUCUUGCCUCCAUGCAGCAGCCACUCCCCACAGGGUCCCCUUCCUUGCCCCUCACUCUAAGCCGCCCUCCUGUUCCUGCUGUGUCAAGAGCUGAUGGAUGUUCCCAUGAAGGGCCAAUCUUAAUUAAGUUGUAUGCUCUUUCUCAAGCUUGCAAAAGCCAUUAAUACUUCCCGCUCCAGCCAAGUAGGGGGUUCCAUUUGGUUCAGCUGCCCCCCAGGAGAGGCUGUGGAAAUGUCCUCCUAAAAUUGAGGCUCUAUGUUGCUAAUGCUGAGCUCCACAAAUCCCACACCUUUAUACCCCAAUAGAUCCACUCAAACCCAGCUCCCAGCAGAGUGGAAUGUGAAUUUGGACCCAGGCUUUGGGAGUCAAGUAAAACCUGGAGUGUGCUCCCUAUGGGCUGUAUCUUCCCUAUUCUGUGCCACCUUUCUCUCCCUGGAAGCCGUUCCUAACUCUGGUCUCAGGAUGGCUCUCUUGUCCCAGUUUGUGGCAUCACCUCCUCCACAUAGAGCACCUGGAUUUUGUCCUUCUCCUGGCUAGGUAGUGAUUGCUUCUGGCAGGUGAGACAUGCUGUCAGCUUCUCCAGAUGUGGAUGGAAUAGUCUACUUACUAUGUUCUCCAGUGAGUCUAGUAUAUUCAGUCCAUUUUUUUUUUUUUAUUAACAUACCCAGUGUUUCUUGAGAACUCACUCUGUCCUGGGACCUGGGCUUCUAGAGGUGAACAUGACUCUACCCACAUCCUCACCAAGCCUCCCUGUCUGGCAAGGCAGACAGAUUGCUGGGAAUUGACAAAACCAAGUGAUAAAUAAAGGUGCUUCCGAGGGCUGUGGGCAUGCUGAGGAGGGAGCCCCACCCGGCCUGCAGGCGCAGGUCCUCGUGUCUUCACAGCUGGUGCUUCGUGUGGCAUUGCCAUGGCGGGCAAGUCGGUGACUCUCAGGCGCCUGGCGGUGCCUCAGUCCCCUCAGGCAGGGUUGGCAGGUGGGCUCACACCCCUGGGCCUCAGUCACACUGUCCCCUCCACCCGGAACACUCUGACAACCCUCCUCUACCUGCCCCGUCCUCGGUCCCCAGCGAUCCCAGCAUGGACUCCUGUGAGUUCCCGGAGCAGCAGCGCCAUAGGACUCUACCUUGAAUUAUCAAAUAUAAUGGCCUUUUUCUCAGUGUUUGUUAAUGUUUAAUCUCACAAGCAAUCCAUGAAAAACCUUGUCACUGUACACAAUGUAACCUUGGAGGUAAAGCUGCGCUUUCCCUUGACCACCUUCCAGAACAGUCCUGGGCUCUUCCCACGAGGUACUUCUGCAUUGUUCAUUCAUUCAUUUAACAAGUAUUUAUGGAGGGCCUACUGUGUGCCGGCAUCCGUCUAUGUCCUGGGCAUGUGGCAUUGUAUACAACUCAAAGGGCUCGCAGACCGAGCUUGCACGUGCACAUGCAAAUGGGAGUAAAAUUCAUUAACUGCUGCUCAUGUUCUUUUGAAAAGUAAAGGGUAAGAAAGAGAAGCCACUGGGGAAGAAGCGUUACUUCAGACAGAGCAGGCAGAGUGCUGCCCAGGAGCCCUUCAGCAGAGCCUGGCCUGCCUGAGGCUGGGGGCAGGCGCCGAGGCAGGCAGGGCCCAGCCUGUUCAAGGGCUGCUGGGAGCAGGGUGGGGGGCGGAAUAGCUGGUGAGUGGAUCGGAGAGGCCAUAGCGUACAGGCCAUGGGGAGACUGGUUCUCAGUGAGCUGGAUGAGCUGACUUAUGUUUUGAAAGGAUCGCUUGGCAGCUGUGUGGAAAAUGGGUCUCUUUUCAAUGCAUUUUAUGCCUAUAUGUUUUAUAUGUACAUAUAUAAAUAUGAAUACACACAUCA